CUUUUCUUUAGCUCUUUUCAAUUAUUGGGUUUUACAUUUUUACUUAUUUUCUGAACAUGAUCUCUUGUUCUUGAAAACCUGGGCUUUUCUUUGCUGAGCUUGACUUGUUUUGAUCAUUGUUUUUUUUUUUUCCUCUUUUAUAAUUCCUGUGUAUUAUCCUUCUUUCUUUUGUAUCAAAAGCUACUUUUUACUUACUGGAUUUUUACCUUUAGCCUUAGUUCUUCAACCUGAUCUUUAGUUAUUGUUCAAUCGGUUAUUUUGUCAAACAAAGGUUGAUUGGCAGCAUAUAUUGUAUAGUUUGUUGGUGUAUACAAGUAACGAGUUGCGUGUUUGCCCUGAAUGGAGGACAUGGUUGGACCAAGGUUGUACAGUUGCUGCAAUUGCAGAAACCAAGUUGCCCUUCACGAUGAUGUUAUAUCCAAGUCUUUUCAGGGGAGAAAUGGUCGAGCCUUUUUGUUCUCCCAUGCAAUGAACAUAAUGGUGGGUCCUAAGGAGGAUAGACAACUGAUGACUGGUCUUCACACGGUGUUUGAUGUCUACUGCUGUGAUUGCCGUGAGGUUUUAGGUUGGAAAUAUGAGCGGGCUUAUGAGGAAACUCAGAAGUACAAGGAAGGGAAAUUCAUUCUUGAGAAGUCAAAAAUUGUUAAAGAGAACUGGUAGUAUCCAUGUAAAUAUUCUGGAUGGUUCUCCUGACCUGGCAAGUGUAUGAAUGCCUUUGUGUGUUUUUCCUCUUCCCGAUUGAAUAUAUUCAUGUAUUGUUCUUCCUUGUGCAUUCUUGCUGUGUUCCUUGUGUGGAUAUUGUACUGGAUAUUAUUCAUUUUGUUAAUAAAAUUGUGAAUGAUUCUCUCAAUAGUGCCUGUAUUUCAGUAUGCACUGAAUCUGCAUUUAGUAAAAUUUACACAUUUGUAAUUUAUUGUUGUCAGGGAUUAAGCAUAUCAAUAGUAUGACUUAUGUUUCCGGAAUGUGGCUGAAUAUGAUAAACUAAGGGAUGUCAUUGGCAAUCAGUGAUCAUUUCUGUUCUUGUAGUCUGCAUCCACAUUUAUAUUAACAAUUAUGAAUUAGAUUAGUAUGUUAUUCUUAGAUCCCUGUAAGAUGUAUGUGCCUGUGGCUUUUCAUUGAUGUGAAUAGAUCCGAGAAACAGGAUGUCUUAUAUCUUUAGUGGGAUUUUGUACUCUGAUGACUAGGAUAUAUUUCUUGGGCUGAGUCUAGACCUGAUGUGGGAUGUGAUGAUGCAUGUGGAAUAAUUGAGGAAGCUGUCUUGUUGUCUUGUUGAUAGAAGCAAAUGGCCUAAGUGAUGUGAUACAGUUGAUUAUUGUUACUGGCAAGAUAUAUAUGUGGUAGAAAGAAAGUCUUUCAUGUUUGAUGCUGGUUUUAGAUAUUUAGCCAAUUUUAAGUGUUUGUUACUAAGAUUGACUUGCUCAAAUACUAAUGCCUAUUUGGUUUUGUACCACAGGAUUUAUAAGGUAUUUUAGAUGUUUUAAUGUGUAAAUAUAGGUUACUGGAAGUAUCUGAGUUUUCAAGCUUUUCGACAUAGAAUCAGUGUUACAGCACCAUCUGUUGUUCAGACAUCAAAUUAUUUCCCGUUGGAGGGGCAAAUGGGAAUAAGACUAGUAGAAGUGAAUAAUUAACUGGGAAAUAACUUUGGAUGGAAAGAAAUGGUACAGGCAGAACCUUCAUAUUAGAAUUUGCUGACACUAAUUCCCUCAGAAGAUACUUCAGAACUUGCCUUUUUGAUAUAUACAAUUAUGGCAUCAAAUACCCAAGUGGGCUUCACUAAAACUGGUUUUCUAGUGGCUGGGCAAUUCUGGUUAUGAGGUUUGACGAUUUAAACCGGUUCUAGCUUCUAUUUGAUCAUAUAGGAGGUCCGCCCAAAAGUAUCAUCAAUCUGACUGAUGCCGCGUUUGGGGGGCCGCCGGUUGUCCCUAGUCUCAAUUGGUUUUGCCUUGAA